AUGAGCAACCUGUGCAAAAUGUCUCACAGUGGUGCAAAGAAAAGGAGAUUAGAUAAAAAUACUCAGGAUAACCUGUAUUUCGACAGUUAUUCUGAUGUGACCAUCCACGAAGAGAUGAUCGCAGACACUGUUCGGACUAACACAUACAGGAUGGCCAUUCUGAAAAACAGUAAGGCGAUCGAGGGGAAAGUUGUACUGGAUGUCGGUGCAGGCACUGGAGUCCUAAGUAUAUUUUGUGUACAAGCCGGGGCCAGAAAAGUCUAUGCAGUUGAGGCAAGUUCAAUUGCCGAUCAAGCUGUUAGAAUCGUAAAACUAAAUAAGAUGGAGGACAGAGUCGAUGUCAUUAAGGGUAGACUGGAGACAAUCGAUCUGCCUGAGCAGGUAGACGUGAUAGUCAGCGAAUGGAUGGGCUAUGCGCUGCUUCACGAAUCUAUGCUAAAUUCAGUCAUCUUUGCUCGAGACAAGUGGCUGAAACCUGGUGGCCUUAUUUUACCAUGCAAAGCAGAGCUGUACGUCGCACCCAUUAACGAUUUGGUCGUGGAAGACCGUUUGAAUUUUUGGAGCACUGUCAAGGACCAGUAUGACGUGGAUAUGUCGUGCAUGUCUGACUUUGCAAAGAAGUGCAUCAUGAAUAAGGACAUAACCGUAAACCUGGUGACGGUUGAAGAUGUCCUCUCCCAUCCCUCAAAGUUUGCUGAAUUGGACCUACACACUGUGACGCUAGAGCAACUGAAAUCUGUACGCGGGCAGUUCCACUGUGAGUGUUUCGGCUCGUCGUCCGUGAACGCCCUCUGCGUUUGGUUCACAGUAACAUUCCCAAGUGAGGAGAAGCCCCUGGUACUAUCCACGUCUCCGUUCAAACCGGAGACUCAUUGGAAACAGGCGGUACUGUAUCUAGACGAGCCUGUGGAUGUUAUGCAAGAUACCAAGGUCGAGGGAGAAAUCAAUUUGUUUCCCUCCGAGGAGAGCGCUAGACACAUAUGCAUUCACGUGGACUACACAAUAGGAAAUAAUAAAAAGAACUCAAAGACCUUCUCCAUCCCUGAUGGAUACUGUGAAACUCAGAGUUGA